GUACAAAAUUCUUCUGACGAGGAUAGUCCUGGUAUGGAUGUUACUGUUAAAUAGUGAUAGUAAUGCUGAACCAACUGAUGUCUGGUCAGAAUGGCAAAGCUGUAGCAAAUCAUGCAAUGGCGGGAUUCAACAUAGAGCACGUGCAAUAUGUCCAGAGGAGUUAAUAAGCAAUUGUUCACUCAUCGAGAGCCGUCAUUGUAAUAAAUUUGAUUGUGACAAAAUACCAACAACAAUUCUGACCACUAAAAGUUCUAUCCCAACAACCCACAUGAGCACGAAUGUCCGAGGCGAGUCACUAAUGAGUUCCUCCUUUGCUUCACCCACAACCCAGCCUGAUCUCCCAGAAGUUACUACUAUGACAACACUGCUUACUAAGCCCACACCUAAAAUUGUUAGAUGCACCAAAUCAACGACAACAACUACCACCUCAUCACCAAAACUGGUCGCUAACCCUAGAUCUGGAGCGGUUUGUCUGCAGUCAAGUUUGGUGGUCAUUGGUGUCAUCACCUGGAACCUAUUGUGAAUUUCAUUGGAAGUUUGCAGAAUGAACAAAAUUGUUCUUUUAAAACAGAAUUAAUCAGAGAAAAGUUGCCACAUCUACAUAUUAUAAGCCUGAUUGUAUGUGGAAUAAUUUGCCGACUGUAUGAAGAAAAUUCUAUGUCUUUUAUAUAUCAGAUUUAGUCAAAGAUAUUUUUUUUAUUCAAGUAAUAUAUAUUUUUUGAUAUUACAUUUGUUUUUGGGGUUUUUAUAAAACACAAACACGUCAGGAAAUAAAUCUAUCAAAUGAAUUUGAUAAUACUUGUCUGUGAGGACAGGCACAUACUUCCUGUAGGCUAACCAGAUAAACAAGUACCACUACAGUAUUAUUUUUCAAGUACAUAAAAUUGCACAUGAUUAUGAUGCUAGUCAGUUCGGAAUGGAUUUAAUAUCAGGUGAUACAUUACAUUGUAAAUUUUCAUAUUUUAAAUCGCUUCAUAACAUAUGUACAUUGUAUAAGCCUUGUGUUUAUAAAAUUAAUUUAAAUUUGUAGAUGCUCAUGAUAUAUUAGAAUAUAUUUAAAUAAUGGUAGCAUUCAUAUAAAGUGUUCAUUAUAGUUUAAUACUAUAUACUUGAACAUCACCUACUGGUAUUUUGUAUCAUUUGUUACAUUUUGAAUUGCAAAGAGUAGUGCAGUUUUUGAAGACACCUUUUUAAAAAAAUUGAAAAAAUGUAAAUAUUAGUCUGCUUGUAUCUCUCUCCCCCCCAUUUUUAUAACUAAUUCUACGUUUUAAGCUAAGCUGAAAUACUAGUAAUAUGUGCUAUAAACUGUUGAAUGAGCCAAUAUCAUAAGACUAUGUUGUGCUGAUAAGGCCAAUUUGGCAUCUUCAUUAGAAAAUGCUGUAGGUUCCAGCUAUGAUAAUUUUAAAGAUAUAUUUUAAAGAUACGUUCAAUAUAUUAGAACAUAUAUCUGGCAAAUUUCGGACGAAUUGUUGAAUUUUCAAUUAUAUUGAGAUACCAUAUAUAAGUCUGUAAUGGAAAAAUUCUUUUUGAUUAAUUUAGUCUAGUUACGGUUUUAUAAU